GAGAGAGAGAGAGAGAGAGAGAGAGAGAGAGAGAGAGAGAGAGCUCUGUGUUGAAUGUCGCCGUGUUUCUUUCAAGUCAUUCUCUGUCAACACGCGUUUCUCCGCCGCUGUUUUUUCGCGAAGUCAAUCAGAUUUUCCUUCGCGACGCUGCAAAACAGCCGCGAUUCGGGUUGCGAACGUAUUUACUGACAAAUCGCUUCGCACUGGAACUAUGAGCUUUAGCGGUCAGCGGGAGAAAGAGCGGCGGCUGCCCGGCUCAGGCGAGCCCUCCCCGGUGUGAGAGUCAAAUCGAGGCCGCCGUCGCUGCGGCCUAGUGCGGGCGGUUUAAUGUUUCACACGACAACGCAGAACAGCGCUCCGUGUCCAUCAGGAACAGGAAUGGCCUCUUGUUAUGACAGAUUGAUGUUGAUUGACAGAUGAUGCUGGAGGUAACGUUACCUGUGCAGGUGAGCGAGGCCCUCAGCUUCAGGGCAGGAGAAUGAAGCUUCAUUCGGACUCGUGCGAGAACGCACACGCGUGUGAAUCCGUGUCGCACGCCUCCCCGGACAUGAACCCGAACCUCCGCUUGACCUUGGCCUCCUGCAACGGUUCGACUGACCAAUCGGGGCCGGAGAAUCUCGCGGCACGCUGUGACGAAACCUCGGCGGACGACGAGGACGAUCUCACGCCCGAGCUCCAGCAGGCCUACAGGAUAUUUCAGAGCUUCCUCUCAGAGAAGCACAAGUCUAUCACGGCCCCGUUCUGGCGUCCCGUGGGCCCCGGGGACCACGGCGAGAUGUGCUUCAGAAAGAUGGAUGAUAAGUUCGUGAAUCGCGAGUACGAGUCCAUCACGGCGUUCGUGGCAGAUUUCAGACUGAUGCUAGAGAACUGUUACCGCUUUCACGGCGUCGAUCACUGGAUCUCCAGACAGGCCCAGAAACUGGAGACCAUUCUGGAGCAGAAGCUGACCUUGUUGUCCAGGACGCUGCGGGAGAAGACCUCGCUGGCCGUGACCUCCCGAGGCCGGUUCGGGACGGAGGAUGAGAAAGCGGCGGUCGGCUCGUCGUCCAGACGGCGGUCAGUUCCUCGGAGUCUGGCCAGCAGCGAGUCCGUCAUGGUGCAGGCGCUGAGACUGGAGGAGCUGCAGAGAGCCAAAGACGAGAAGAGGCAGCGGGAGCAGGAGCGUAAGGAGGCAGAGGAGGCCUCGGUGAAGGAGCUGGACGACUGGGAGAGCUCCUUGCUGUCUCUGGCCGAGCCGUGUCCGCUCUGGACUCUGUGGGAACUUCCUGCCAUCGGUCACUUCCUGUGCCUGGCUCAGACGGCGCUCCACCUCCCCGAGAUCGUCUUCUACGAGCUGGAGCGCUGUCUUCUGAUGCCUCGCUGCAGCUCGUUCCUGGCUAAGAUCAUGACGGCGCUGCUCUGUCCACCGCAGAAGAGAUCCAGCGUCCAGCGUCGUCCGCCGCUGACCUACAGAGAGUGGGAGAGAGAGCUGCGCCGCCGCGUCCAGAGCUGGUACAGAGCGGUCGGCCAGGCCGAGGAGCCACGGCAGGCGGCGCGUGCCGAACGCCUCGGGCUCUGUCCUCAGUUCUUCUGGACGCUGGGAGCGGUCAGUCCUCUGGAGGAGACGGCCUUCCACCUGCUGCCCGUCCAGCAGCGCGUCUGGCUCCUCAAGGGCCUCUGCGAUCACGUCUAUGAGACUCAGAAGGAGGUUCAGGACGCCGUUCUCGCGCAGCCCAUCCACGAGUGCCGUGAGUCCAUCCUGGGCUACGACGGUCAGGACAACGCUUACAUCCACUUCCCUCACUUCUGCGGCGCUGACCUGAGGAUCUACAGCCAGAGCCCCUGCGGAGCCGUCCCGUUCCCGCUGCCGCUGAUCCACGUCCAGAGACCCCCGGAGCCCGAGGAGUCCGAGCUCAAGGACCACACAGUAGAUCUCAUGGAGUUUGAGAAGGAUCUGUGUGUGUCUGCAGAUGAAGUGAAGGUAGAGGAGGAAAGCUCCAGCAGGACGGAGCUGAACACAUGGGAAGUGAAAGAAGACUCUCUCGCUGACGGAGAGGAUCUGGAUCAGAAGUGCUCCUCCGGCGCUCCCUCGUGGUGCAGAGAAGAUUCUCUGGACUCUGUAAGCGUCCGAGGACAGUUAACGGAGGACAAACGGCUCAAAGACGAGGAGGAUGAGGAGUGUGACGGCGAGCCGUGUUUCAGAGUCGGAGACAGCUGUUAUAAAGGGGUCUCGCCGGCUCUGAACACUCACAGAAGUCCUAGAUGUGAAGUGAAUCACUCGAGCGCCGAGGAUUGUUCUGGAGAAUCACAGGAAUCUCUGACUUUCUGGACCGAAGACACGCGCUUGAGACGGGUCGAACCCGGGCCGACGCGAGCCCAGAAGAAGAAGAGGAAAAAGAAGAAAGAGAGGAAGUUUGCACUGAAGAAAACAAAGAUGAACAAACUGAGCUUGAAGAACCAAACGGCCAGAAGCAGCCUACAGAGAGCCGCCAAAAACAUCAAGAAGAAGGACAAGAGGAAGAGACUCAAACCCGGAAAGCGGUUUGAUGGGAAGGCGAUGUUCGUGAGGAGACCGUCAGAAUCUGCUCCGCUCUCGGCCGAACCCUCCUUUAAGUUGGUUUGCUCCAGUCUGGCUGAUCUCAGAGUGCUGAUCAGUAAAAUAGAAGAUCAACUAGAUGAACUGGACGGCCAAAAGAGAUCUGGACGAUGGCCACACAAAAGAGCCGCUGUGAAAGAGUUGCACAUCACACUUAUAAGGUUGCUUAAUGAGCUGUUACCAUGGGAACCUAAACUCGUCAAGGCCUUUCAGAGGAACAGAGCUCGCUUGAAGAAGGAGUGUGACGAGUUCAAAAAACACCCUGAAUAUGAGAACUUUAUCAGGGAGCAGAUGGAUACAGAAGAUACAGGAGAAGUUGUGUGCAAAGAUGAAUUGUUUUCUGCAGAGACAACAAACAAACUUGAAGAGAGUGAAGUCAAAAUGGGCAAAACUAUGAAGGAAGACUCUGCGACAACAGAGAAUGUUAAUCAUGAAUCAAGAUGCCUAGUGAACAGACCUGAUGUUGUCAUGCAUUCGUCAGAGUCUGGACCCUUCACACGCAGUUCAAAGCGACGCCAAACUGGUGUGAUCUGUGAAGAACUGAGUCCAUGCAAGAAAGGCAAAAUAGACCCAGAGAGCUCUUUAUCAUCUGAUUUCAAUGUGGAAGUUGCAUCCAGGGAACAAGCAACAGUGAACCCACAAGCAUCAGUGUUGCCAGAGGCUAUGAGUAGCUUUCAGGGGACUUGCAAACCCAUCCAGGCUUUGCUGGCUAAGAGUGUUGGAAACAAAGUGACCUUAAUAAGUCAUCCGAAGGCUGCAGUGAUGGCUCAGGCACUGCGGGAUCAUAACAAAUCAGCAUCGGUAACUCUCCAAUUAUCAACUACCUGUCCAUCUACGCAACACUCUGAACCUGUCUCUACAGAAACAAUAACGGCGACAUCUGCAACCGAAAGCACUGGACAGGUGGUGUAUAAGACGGCAGGAGGCGUGGGGUUUCUCAGGCAAGGAAGUACUUCUGUAAACCUUUCAGUGCAAUCAAUAUCGGAUCAAAAAUCAGGGCCGAAGGCGAUGCAACAAGUUGUUAUCCUGCCUUCAAAUCUACUGAUUCAAAGCACUGAGAAUAAGGCAGCCCAGAACUCUUUAUCUGUCCCUAAGACUGCAACAUACAUGUCCAAUGUUUCAGGGUUCACUAUACCGGAAAACAAGGUUCCUAUCCAGCCUGUAGCACCUUUGAAAGAUACCAGUGCUGUAAGAACACCGGCCGCUGUAGUUACUCCCAGUUUAAGGAACUUAUCGACUGUCGGUGUGCCUAAAAAGACUACUGAACCAAAGGUGGCCCUGAACAAAUCAGCAAGCAGUGGUCUCACCAAAUCUGAUGCUAAACAGGAGCUCAGGACAGUGUGCAUUCGAGAUUCGCAGUCUAUUCUUGUCACUACAAGAGGAGGCAACACAGGAGUAGUGAAGGUUCAGACGUCAGAAAGUGGAACAGGGGCUUUGCCACCCAGCCCAGUUUUUAACAUUGCACCCCAACUUCAUGCCUUUCUGGUGUCAAAGUCUUCCACGUCUAAUACACAAGCUGUUUCGGCCAGCCUUGCUGCUAAAUCUCUACCUGGAGUCACUCCUCAGUCUACUUUCGUGGCAGGGACUGUCACUCCUUUAACCUUGAAUCAGAUUUCCAAUAACGUCACUACAGGCAAACUAGCAAUCUCUGGUAAAUCCACACUCCUGGCUGCAAGCAAAGGCAGUGAUAGUGUCCUUAAAACUGCAAAGAAUGUCCAAGAUGCGCAGAAUAUGGUCUCUACAUGUGGAAUGAAGCCGCCACAAAAAAGGGCUCCAUCUGGAAGCACAGCUACAGACCAGUCGACUUUCCAAAAGGUUUUCCUGGUCACACCUACACCAAAUAUCCCUUCAAAGGUCACUACUACUAUAGCAACCUGUGCUGUGCCAGGAUCAAGGGUCAUGUUCUUAAGCAACUCAGCACUUACCAUUCCAAAAGAGCCGUCAACUUCAGGGGUUAACAUUUCCUCUACUAGUACACCAGCGCUGAAGGUCGUUCCCAACUUGGGGACCUUAUCCAGCACUUCUUCUGGUACAAGCAUCCAGAGCAUCGGUGUCCCAGGGUUAACAUCAAGAAUACUUGCCACAAACAAAAAACCUGAAGCCUCAACAAAAAAUACAUCUGGGAUCGUCUCCAGAGUACCUGUGACUUCAAGCCCAAGUGGACUCCAGAUUGGUCCAAAAAGCUGUUUGGUUGCAAGCAGAAAUGUGUCAGGGAAUACCGAAAGCGCUUUAAAAGUUCCUCAGACUUUUGACGGUAAAACGCUCACGUUUUCAACUCUAGGCACCGGCCACAUGGCUUCCUCUGCACUUUUGUCAGUCGUGAAACCAGAUGUACCUCCAUCAGUUUCCACGUUAAAUGCUCUUCACUGUAAACCAGGGUUAUCAGCUGGCAGCUCUACUUCAAAUACAUCUUCCUCUCAUUCAGGAAGCCUUAUUACCAAACACACUACGUUACCAAUUAAUGUGACUGCUAACAAGCUAGUGAACACAUCCCUUUGCACUUCACACUCACUGAUUAAUACAGCAGCCAAUACUUCCACUUCUGCAGCAUCCGGGAUAUUUCCAUUGAGUUGCAGCUCCACUUUAACUCCUGCAGUGGCCAUGGCCUCUGGGGUCCAAUCUCUGACCUCUACCACCAAGAGUGUUCAGGAGAAAAUUGUGAUCAACACCACUGCUCCACUUGCCCCUGGAACUCAGCUCCUGAUCAAUAACACAAGAUUUGUUGUACCUUCUCCAGGCCUUGCCCCUGGCAGCCAUGUUCUGCUUAUCUCCAACUCUUGUCCUGGAGGAUUGCAAGGGUCAAAUCCUGCUAGUCUUCACAGUUUGUUAGGAUCGAAUCCUGUUGGUUCUCAAAGAUGGCAAGAUCAAAGUUCUGUUGGUCCAGGAGGACUGCAAGGGCCAAGUUCUGUAGGUCCAGGAGGAUUGCAAGGGCUAAGUAGUGCUGGUCCUCGAGGAUUGCAAGGGUCAAAUCCUGCUGGUCCUGAAAGAUUGCAAGGGCAGAGUAUCGCCAGUCCUGGAGGAUUGCAAGUCCAAAGUCCUGCUUCCACUUUUCCUAGAGGUCCAAGCAAUUCAGCUACUCACACGGUUCCUUCAGUCGUACAAGGUGUGAGAUUGGUAUCACCGGUCAGGCUACCCUUGGCAAAAGUUGGACCUUCUGAUCAACUUCGUCAGCAACUGAGCACCAGAACCCCAUUGAAUGUGUCUGGUCCUACUACUCUCUCACAAGUAUCUCAAGCUUUGCAUCCUGGUGUAUCUUCAGACAUUGUGAGACUUCCUAUCUUUCAAACCUCCAAUGUCUCAAUGACAGCAUCACAAGGUACGACUGGUUGUCCCAAAGAAAAAUCUCUUUCCCAAAGUGGUUUACUAAACACAACUUCUCCAAUGCUCCUUCAAGGAAGACUAUCCCAAACUAAAGAUUCGCCAGCCAUACCACCAGCAAAAGCUGUGAUUCCAAGGCAUUCACCAAUGGUAACUGUACCACCCAUGAACAGCACAAUAUCACGGAUACAUAAACUUCCCGUUGCAACUGUUCCACCAAUCGGUGGUGCAAACAGUGCCAGUCCAGCCACUCCCAUUGCAACCGUACCUCCGUCUAUGAGCACGGUCAUAAUGACAUCUUGUCCACCUAUCAGAGCUGUGCAGCCUGGGACAAUUGGAAAGCCUGUUAUUUUACCCCAGCAGUCGCAAGGUAAUAGCACGGUUCCUGUGCAAGUCUCCACUCCUGCUAAACUCUUGUUGAGCCCAGAUGGUGCUGUCCUAAACAUCAUUCAAGCCUCAGCCUCAAGCUUGCAAGUAUUGGCAAAGCCAGUGUCCGCUCAAGUAGUCAGUUCCUCCUCAAGUAGCGUUACUGUACCUAUUUUAAACACAAGUGAUCCACUGACAAAACCAGAUACCUUGGGGAGACCCAAUCACUGAAAUGGUUCUGAGGUCUUGAUGUGAUUACAAAGGUCUGUUUAAUGUUUGGGCUUUUGUUGAAAACAAGUGAGCUUCCAUUGGUUCCAUAUCUCCCCAUGUUGAGAGGCUGAAUACUAAAUACCUAAAUACAUUUUUUUGUGAAUUUUGUUCUUUACAAUACAAAUUGAGGGGGAAUUGGUUAUCCUUAGAGUUGUAAAUAAAAUUGGUUUCGCAAAGAGAAAUUUGGACAUUUUAAAUGGCCAGUAAUGUACAUAACAGUAUUUGUUUGGCUGACUCUUUUCUACUCCAUUUGUAUGCAAAGGUUUAAAUGUUUUGUAGCAUUUUCCAUUAAAAAUUAUUAAUAUUCUGUAGAACAGUCUUCAGUCGAUUUAAGAGUAUGUCUGGGUGAUCUCAAGUCUGCGUUAGUGCAUUCAGGCAUAGGUUAAGCAUUAUCAGACGUCAUCUGAUAACAGUUUGGUUUGGUGUUUCAUAUAUAUUCAUGAAAAUAAACUUGGCAUAUUUAUGACUGAAGGAAAA